AUGUUUGAAGAGAAUUGGAACCUGCAUUCUGAUGGGGCGAUCACUAAACAUUUCAUCGAUAGAAAUCCUGAUUAUUUUGGUGUCCUUUUGGACUUACUCAGAACAGGGGAGCUUUAUAUUCCUCCCAAGAUUGAUAAAAAGCACCUAUACAGAGAGGCUUUGUAUUACGGCAUUGAAGAUCAUGUCAGGUCAGCUAAAUGGGGCCCUUUUGAUGGCAAUAGGCUCCGGUUGGCCGAGUCUAUAACGGGCCUAACAACAGGGGAGGCUGCUAUUAUUCGGGCUAGCCCGAAUAGCUGGUGCUGUGUCGUGCGUGGUAAUAUGGUUAAAAUGUACAAUUGGAUGCUAGAAGAGCAAUCUGCGAUAACCAAUCGUGAUUAUCGUACGGUCAACCAUGUUUGUUGGGUUGAUUCAGAUACCAUUGUGGUCAGUAGUUCUUACAAGUACCUAGCUAGUGGAGGCAUUGGGUUGUUCUGUGCAUCCACAGGGGAAUUGAAAUAUAAUUUUCAAGUUAAUGAUGAUGAUCAAUUGAAGGAUUACACAGCAGGUGUACUCGGUGUUAGCUCGGAUUACAAGUUGUUCUCCUAUUGUACUGAGAAGACUAACAAAAAGAACGGGAUCGGUGUUUGGGACACUGGUAAGAAGACAGAUUUCUUGCAGUGCUGGCCUUCUGGUAAGGCUAGCAAGUUUCAAUGGUUACAUGGUACCAAUUGUUUGAUGGUUGCUAGUUGUCAUUCACGAUCUAGAAAGUGUCCCAUCAACUUAUUUGAUUUUAGGGAAAACACGGUGGUUUUGUCGUGGUCUGAUGCUAGGGAUCAAAAGAUAUAUAGAGACGUGAUAGCACAGAUUGAGGCAUAUCUUUUGGAGAUGGUCACGUCAGCGGUGGCAAAUAGAGGAGAGUAA